AUGCAAAACAGCAUCCAAGAUUCUUUGCAGCAGUUGGAUAGUCAUGCAAGGGUUCACACCAGAAGAGCAUUGCGUGACGACACAAUUAAACCAAUCAGAGAUGAGAUAGGAUGUAAGCCAUACGCUCAGCCAAUCAAAAGUGAUUUGUGCGCCCGCUUUGUCUACUUUUUUGCAUUUUGUUUUAUUCUCAAACCUCUUCGCUUUUUUAUCUCGUGGUAUUCUCAUCAGGGGGACAUCCAAGGUACAUACGACGCAAUAGACAAGGAAUCGUUUACUCAGACGGACAGACAGAUCGAAGUUGACAUUCCUCGCUGUCACCAGUAUGAUGAACUGCUGUCUUCACCAGUCGCUCAUCAGAAGUUCAAGAGGAUUCUCAAGGCCUGGGUUGUACGUCACACUGACCUGGUCUACUGGCAAGGACUGGAUUCUCUCUGCGCCCCUUUCCUUUCUCUUCAUUUUAACGAUGAAGCUCUUGGUUACGCUUGUCUGGCGGCGUUUAUUCCCAAAUACCUGUACCACUUUUUUCUGAAGGAUAAUUCGGCAAUCAUACAAGAAUAUUUGGCGGUAUUCUCUCAGUUGAUCGCCUUUCAUGAUCCAGAGUUGUUCAACCAUCUUCAUGACACUGGAUUUAUUCCAGAGCUGUACGCAAUCCCAUGGUUCCUCACGAUGUUCUGUCACUUUCCUUCCGUACAGGGUUAUCCUUACACAAGAGAUCGCAUAGUAAGAGAAGCGAGAAUAGACAUUCCCCCUUUGCUUAGAGGCAAGAUAUGGGCAGCAUUGCUAGGAGUUCAGGGGGACAUCCAAGGUACAUACGACGCAAUAGACAAGGAAUCGUUUACUCAGACGGACAGACAGAUCGAAGUUGACAUUCCUCGCUGUCACCAGUAUGAUGAACUGCUGUCUUCACCAGUCGCUCAUCAGAAGUUCAAGAGGAUUCUCAAGGCCUGGGUUGUACGUCACACUGACCUGGUCUACUGGCAAGGACUGGAUUCUCUCUGCGCCCCUUUCCUUUCUCUUCAUUUUAACGAUGAAGCUCUUGGUUACGCUUGUCUGGCGGCGUUUAUUCCCAAAUACCUGUACCACUUUUUUCUGAAGGAUAAUUCGGCAAUCAUACAAGAAUAUUUGGCGGUAUUCUCUCAGUUGAUCGCCUUUCAUGAUCCAGAGUUGUUCAACCAUCUUCAUGACACUGGAUUUAUUCCAGAGCUGUACGCAAUCCCAUGGUUCCUCACGAUGUUCUGUCACGUCUUUCCACUGAAAAAGAUUUUUCACCUUUGGGACAGUUUGUUGCUUGGCAACUCAUCCUACCCACUGUGCAUCGGGGUCGCUAUACUGGAACAGCUUCGGGAUCAGCUACUGUCGUUUGGUUUUAACGAGUGCAUCCUUCUCUUCUCAGACAUGCCAGGUGUAGACAUCGACCGAGUGGUGCGCGAUGCCAAGAGAAUUUUCUGUAACACUCCUCGGACUGCUUCGAUGAGGAGACAUGAUAGGCUGUUUGCUGAUCCCAACGUAAAACAUGAAAAGGAGUUCAUAACGUUACCCCAACUCAAGGGUGAAAUCUGUCCACGAGUUUCUGCUCAAGACUUGUUACAUAUCUGUGAACUGAACGAUAACGGAGGCGCGAAAGUCCAAAGAAAAACCAAACCGCGUGGUCUUGUUGUGGAUGUCAGGCCCUCUGAAGAAUUCGCGUGUGGUCAAAUCCUAGAGAGUGUGAACAUUCCCUAUAAUCAGGCGUUUCUUGAAGAAGGCGGAUUAGCUCCUUCAACUGCCGCAAACACAGUGAUUAGCUUCAAAGGAAGAGUUAUUGUUGUCGUAGGAAAUCGCAAUAACUACCCGGCUAAGGUUGGAGCCGAGCUGGUCAAGCUAGGUUUCUCGAGAGUGUGUGUUUUGGAAGAACCAGGCCUGACCGCACUUCGCACGCAAGGAAACCUGACUGUACCGACCUGAAUGCGCCUGGGAAUGACCACAUCACAAAGCGUUAAUUAAAAACAGUCUGGGAAUUCUGGGAACAAGUUCCGUGUGUGGAAAAUUUCUGUAGAGGCACUCGAUUACGUGACGAUUCUUAUUACGCAGUUAAAAUACAGUUCGAGCACUCACGAGUAUUCUGAAAAUUUUUACGUCAGCAUAAUUCACGUCAGCAUACUUCACGUCAGCAUGACAUCAUAAGGCUAUACGUCAUGUUGCUGGGCAACUACUUCACCGAACACUACGGGCUCAGAAAUCGGAGACGUAAAAUUUUCUCAGAGAAGAAACUGUAAAGCAAUCUACUUAACCAUGUAAGCAUUAGGAAACGAAAUCUAUCUCCAAAUUGUCAAUUUCAUUGUAAAAAAAAUGAUUACAUAUAAUUAUUAGAGUCCGAAAAUGUCGCGGAUUUUUAUCAAUAAAUUUUUCUUAAAAAAUGUAAAA